CGCGAAACUUCGGAAGGAAGCUUCUACGUUGUGAGUGGAUGCAGUUGUUACGUACAAGCUCUUAUGAGCGGUUUUCUAUGUUCGAGCUUAAUUAAAAGGUAUAAACGAUAUUAUUAUGGACUGAGUGUUCGUUCUCCAUAUUUUUCCGUGAAGCAACUGUGUGCUACGUACACAGUAUGGAGCCCACUUGCCGCAAGGAGAAGGAGAAGCCGAAGCCGAAGGAGACGCCGAACCGCGGGGAGCGCGCCAAGCACAAGUCCGCGCAGCAUGAGCUCAAACAGCGGCAGCGAGCCGAGAUCUAUGCCCUGAACAAGGUGAUGACGGACCUGGAGCAGCAGCAGUUUGAGGCUUUCUGCAAGCAGAUGCAAACUCCUACAGAGUGAUGCUUCAGAUCAGUGGGACCACUGCUCGAAAAAAUUAAAGGAACACUUUUUAAUCAGAAUAUAGCAUCAAUUCAAUUAAACUCCUGGGAU